GGUUGUCAAGACUUAUUCUACUUAUUAUCAUUGUUGACAGCUUUUCAUGACUUCUGAUAGUCUUGUAUUCUCGCGAGGAAAUCUUAUCUUGUAUCUUCUUCAACUGUAGACAGAGCUCUUUGUAAAAAUGGGUUUUUGAAACCGGUAUUCCAAACCAGUUUAUCAUUUCUUUUUAGCUAUCACUUUGGUAAUUGAAGCUCUUCAAUCCGCUCGUGAAAUAAUGGAGCACGAUGAUCUGGCUUUCUCCGAAAUGGAUUAUUUACGUCCACCGGGUCAGAAUAUUCGCACUGGGUUAGAGCGAAUAUCUUCGGCUCCUAGGCUAAGUAUAACGACUCAAAACGUUUUCAACAUCAGGAAUCAUAAUCUUUCUCCGUUGUCACGCUCGUCUCCAGGAAUUUAUAGCGACGAAAAAUGUAGAAAAGAUGCUAAUCAAUCUUGUCUUCUACAUCCCCUCAGUUCAUAUCAUUCACCACCCAAAAGCAUACUCAAACUAACAGAAGACUCCAUUUCAGAAAUCAUUCCCGAAGAAGAAAAGGAGGUAAACAAAACUUUCUAUAAGCUUCGGUUGGAGCUUGAAUUUACUGCAUUUGUCAUUUUAUGUUUCAUCUUAGUGAUUGUUAUUCCACUUUCAAUGAUCGUGAUGGGAAGCAUAUAUCUGUCCAGCUGUGUAGUUCAACCUAUGAUUCCAAUUUUUCUCAUUGUUGGUGGUUCAACUUUUUUGUUCUCAAUGGGUUUGCUGAGGAAAAUGAAUAGGUUGGCCAAUGACGAAGACAUCAGUAAAGCCUGCUACCAGAAAACAUUUUCAUUUGCCAUUUUAUUUCAUUUUGGAUGGUUUGCAACAGGUUGUUACUGGAUAUACAGCAUCUACCAACCAGAUUAUGUAGAUGAGAAUAGUUCAUCUUACUGCGAUAAAACCUUGUAUUUGUAUUCUUUUUGGUUUCUUAAUAUCAUAUUUUUGACAUUAUCAUUUGUUACCAUUCUCUUUACUGUAUAUAUACUCUUUGGAAGAGAGUAUUUAGGAGACAACUAUGAAACAGGACCUCAAGAGAAUUGUUAAUUGCAAAUGUAACAGCAUUUUUUUUUUUUUAAACAUCA